CAAAACUUUUUCCGUACCAUAUAACUAACCGUUAAAACUCCAUAACCAUUAUACCCUAUCCCGGACCACCACCAUUUCACCGCCGAUCGGAGCCGAUAACCGUCAUCUCCAGCACCUUCCGUUCUCCGAUCACCGGUUACGAUCACAAUCACCGUCGCUAAUAAUAAUAAACACCUCAUCCUCUUUCCGGGUUCAUAAAUUGUACUUGAGUAAUUUGUGUGUGAUUCGGAUUAUGGAUCGUCUUCCGGUUGAAGUGAUAGGCAACAUACUGUCCCAUCUUAGGGCAGCUAGAGAUGUUGUAAUUGCUUCAACAACCUGUAAGAAAUGGAGAGAAGCUUGUGAUAAACAUCUUCACAUGCUGUCGUUUAAUUCCGACGAUUGGCCGGUUUUUCGUGACCUCACAACGAGCAGGCUCGAGAUAUUGAUCACACAGACUAUUUUUCAAACCAAAGGGUUGCAAGGUCUGUCCAUAUUGAUGGACGACGUUGACGAGUUUUCAGCUUCUGCUGUUAUCGCUUGGUUGAUGUAUACUCGAGAGACAUUGCGUUGCUUGUAUUAUAACGUACGGACCGCGCCAAAUGUUAACAUUCUCGACGUUUGUGGGCGGCAAAAGCUCGAGCUUUUGGUUUUGGCGCAUAAUUCGAUCACUGGGGUUGACCCGAAUUAUCAAAGAUUCGUUUUCUUGAAGUCGCUUUCGUUAAGUUACGUCAGUAUUUCGUCGUUGGAUUUAAAUCUGUUACUCACUGCUUGUCCGAAGAUUGAGUUUUUGGGACUCGUAAGUCCCGAGAUUGCCAUCACUGACGCUCAAGUAACCGUCGAGUUGACCAGUCAAACGUUAAAGAAAGUCUACAUCGAAGCCAUAAGUUUAGACAAAUUCACCCUCGAAGCCGAUAAGCUUGAGAAACUGCAUUUGAAAGAUUGCGCUCUCGAGCUUUUCGAGCUUAGCGGGAACGGUAGUUUAAAGCAUUUCAAGAUGGAUGACGUCAGCAUCCUGCAUCUCGACAUUAUCGACCCGAUGGAUGAUCUUGAAAUCAUUGACGUAAACAACUUCACCAUCAUAUGGUCAAAGUUUUAUCAGAUAAUCUCGAAAUCUUCGAAGUUGAGAAGGCUGCGGUUAUGGAACGUGGUGUUUGACGACGAGGUUGACUUUGUUGACCUUGAAUCGAUUGCGUUAUGUUUCCCUGAACUGAACUAUCUUGCGCUGAGUUAUGAGUUACGAGAUGAGUUAAAAGAAAGUGUUCUUCAUUAUAGCUUGCAAGGUUCAUCUUCGAUGGAAAAUGUGACUGCGUUGGAUCUUGGAUGGACUGUUCUUGAUGAACAUUUUGCGGAUUGGGUUGCGUGUUUGCUGAAAAGAUGUCGAAAUCUUAAAACGUUGAUCAUUCAUGGGGUUGUUUCGGAGUCUAAAACGAAUGUUGAAUGUCAUAUGCUGGCUAGUUUUACUUCAUCAAUUGUUCAACUUAUGAGACAAUACAUUCAUGUCAAUGUUCAGUUUAUAUAUGAAUAAACAUUUUGCAGAUUUCUUUA